AUGGAAGAGGAGCUGAAGUGUCCGGUGUGCGGCUCGCUCUUCCGCGAGCCCAUCAUCCUGCCCUGCUCGCACAAUGUCUGCCUGCCCUGUGCCCGCACCAUCGCCGUGCAGACCCCGGAGAACGAGCAGCACCUGCCUGCCCUGCUCCAACCGCGGGGCUCCGCGCCGCCCGCGGCCGUCGCGGCCGCGCCGGGGCCGAGCUUGGGGCCGGGGCCGGCCGCCUCGCUGGACUCGGAGUGCGCGGCGGGCGGCGGCGUAGACCACGCGGACAAGCUGAGCUUGCACAGCGAAACUGACAGCGGCUACGGCUCCUACACUCCCAGCCUGAAGUCCCCCAAUGGCGUGCGGGUGCUGCCGCUGGUGCCCGCACCCCCCGGGGCGACGGCGUCUCAGAGGGGCGCCGGCCCCGCCGGCUCGUCCCUCACCUGCCCGCAGUGCCACCGGAGCGCCUCCCUGGACCAGCGCGGCCUCCGCGGCUUCCAGCGCAACCGGCUGCUGGAGGCCAUCGUGCAGCGCUACCAGCAGGGCCGCGCCGCCGCCGCCGCCGCCAAGUGCCAGCUGUGCGACCGCAGCCCUCCCGAGCCGGCGGCCGUGCUGUGCGAGCAGUGCGACGUGCUGUACUGCGCCGCCUGCCAGCUCCGCUGUCACCCUGCCCGCGGACCCUUCGCCAAGCAUCGUCUGGUACCGCCGCCCGGGGCCCCGGGCCCACCCGGAGGGGGGGACGGCGGCGGGAAGGGGGCGGGCGGCGGGCGUAAGCUGCCGACGUGCGCCGAGCACGACUUGGAGAACUACAGCAUGUACUGCGUGAGCUGCCGCAGCCCCGUGUGUUACCAGUGCCUGGAGGACGGCAGGCACGGCAAGCACGAGGUCAAGGCCCUGGGCGCCGUGUGGAAGCAGCACAAGGCACAACUGUCUCAGGCUUUAAAUGGUGUUUCAGAUAAAGCAAAGGAAGCUAAAGAAUUUUUGGUUCAGCUGAAAAAUUUAUUGCAGCAGAUACAGGAGAAUGGAUUGGAUUACGAAGCCUGUCUUGUUGCUCAGUGUGAUGCCUUGGUUGAUGCGUUAACGCGACAAAAGGCCAAACUGCUCACAAAAGUGACCAAGGAACGUGAGCACAAACUAAAGGUUGUUUGGGACCAGAUAAACCACUGUACGCUGAAGCUACGUCAAUCAACAGGGCUUAUGGAGUACUGCCUAGAAGUUAUCAAAGAAAAUGAUCCCUCUGGGUUUUUACAGAUUUCAGAUGCUUUAAUCAAACGUGUCCAGGUAUCUCAGGAACAGUGGGUCAAAGGAGCCUUGGAGCCAAAAGUGUCUGCUGAGUUUGACCUGACGCUGGAUAGUGAACCCCUACUGCAAGCCAUUCAUCAGCUGGAUUUUAUCCAGAUGAAAUGUAGGGUGCCACCCGUCCCACUACUGCAACUGGAGAAGUGUUGCACCAGAAACAACAGUGUGACAUUGGCCUGGAGGAUGCCACCUUUGAGCCACAACCCAGUGGAGGGUUAUAUCCUGGAACUUGACGAUGGAGAUGGUGGCCAAUUUCGUGAAGUAUAUGUUGGCAAGGAGACUCUCUGCACUAUCGAUGGCCUUCAUUUCAACAGCACCUAUAAUGCAAGAGUCAAAGCUUUUAACUCAUCUGGAGUUGGUCCAUACAGCAAGACAGUUAUUUUACAGACAUCAGAUGUGGCAUGGUUCACUUUCGACCCCUCCUCAGCUCACAGGGACAUUGUGCUGUCGAACGACAACCAGACCGCCACCUGCAGCAGUUACGAUGACCGCGUUGUCCUUGGCACGGCCGCCUUCUCCAAGGGCGUGCAUUACUGGGAACUGCACGUGGAUCGGUAUGACAACCAUCCUGAUCCAGCCUUUGGCAUUGCCAGGAUUAAUGUUGUCAAGGACAUGAUGCUAGGCAAGGAUGACAAGGCGUGGGCUAUGUACGUUGACAACAACCGCAGCUGGUUCAUGCACUGCAAUUCUCACACCAACCGGACAGAAGGAGGAGUUUCCAAAGGUGCCACUGUUGGUGUCCUCCUGGAUCUAAAUAAGCACAGCCUGACUUUCUACAUAAAUGGGCAGCAACAAGGGCCUCCAGCUUUUGAAAACAUAGAGGGUGUCUUCAUGCCUGCACUAAGCCUCAACCGAAACGUUCAGGUGACACUGCACACAGGACUGGAGGUUCCCCAAUGUGUAAAGCAGCCAAAGUUGCCCAGCAACUAAUGACAC